AAAUUCUUAAUAUUAGGUAUAAAUAUGAAACAAAAACUUGAAUUCAUGUUGUUACAACUCAUACAGACUAUAAUAUUGCGUCAAAUCUUGAAAUAUCUCGUACCGGAAGCUGCCCCGAGUGAUUGCACCACAAUGAGCAACUAUGAAUCACGAUAAUAUUCAUAUAAAGCUGCAUGUAUUAAGUUCAAACAUUAUACCUACAAUUACAAAAUGUUCAAAACACGACAAAGGAAAGUUUACCAAAGAUUUUGGCGAGAUUUUAGACGGACAAGAUAAAAAUUAUGCCGUAGUUUAGUUUAUUUUAAUAUAUCAAGUUCAUAUCAUGGCGACAUUAACUUACACUAGCUACCGCAAUAGGAAACGAAAUAUAUUCGACUAGACUAGCAGAAUGUGUAACGAUGUAAGUCGCGACGAUGCUGCGAAAUUACGUUUCAUAUCGAAACUAUCAGUCGUACUGAAGAGAGUCGACAAAAAGUGCCCAGAAACUACGAGAGAGUCCAAGAAAAACUCCGUUAAAGCAAAGUUCAAGCAAGAAUUGCGAGCCGUAGGCAAGGCAACGAGCAUAAAAGCCUCGGCGAAAACCGAAAUAGACGCCGUGAAAACGAAAUUAAAGAAAGAUCGCGAUGAACUAGUAAGCCAUUUUUACAAUAUUAUCGGCACAACGCGAGACGAGAAUCGCUUCUGCAGUUUUACGGACUCGAAUAUAGCUACUACCUCCUCUGUCAGCAAUUCGGCCAGCGACUGCGAGCAAUGGCUAGACAGCUAUGAUCAAUCCUAUGAUUAUGAUUAUGAUUUAGAAUUUUGUGGACGCAAAACCUCAGAUUUUUGUGGAACGAAACGCCGGCAACGAUAUAAUUCUAAGCGUGAAAAAGAAUUUCAUGAUCGGAGAAACCAAAACAUUUUCUUAAGAAAAGAGCAUAAAAAAGCUUCCCGGAAUAAAUUUUAUAACGAACGAAAGAAACGGUUGGCCUUAGAUCGCAAAGCGGCUAGCAAGUCAAAAUUGGAAGAUCUUGGAAUAAUAGUACAAGAACAUGAAACGUUUGACCCAGAAUACGAAUUCAUGUACUUGGAAAAUUCUACCGCAGAAGAGUUUGGACUCGACUUUGCACUCUGUGAAGAAAAUGCACCCGACGAAUUGCAAUCGGAUAUACUCGAUUUCCUGUUAGAAUUACAAGAUCGCGACAUCACGCCGGAAGAUUAUGAGUUUUUGUUGCGACUAGACGAAUCGGUGCCGACAAAAACGGUCCCCGACGAGCAUGUCGCUAGUUUAAAGACGGAUACUGUAUUAGAAUUACAUGUUGAUGAACAGUGCGGUGUUUGUAUGGAGAAUUAUGUGAUCGGAGAAACACGGAAGAUAUUGCCAUGUGAGCAUGUUUUUCACGCGAACUGUAUUGAGACGUGGUUAAGACACAACUCGACUAAAUGCCCUUUGGACAAUAUAGAGGUUUAAAUUAAUAAUUUAUGCAUGUAUACAUAGGGUUGCUUGAGUAAGGUUUUAAUAUAGUUUAGUUAAGCAUUUUGUAAAUAUUUUGAAGUAAGUCAAUAAUUAAUUAUUUUCCAACAAUUUUGUCUGAAUUUUAUUCUGUAAACCCGCAAUAGGGCAUUCGACCGUUACACACGCCAAAAUCUCACAUCUUGUAGCAAGUCUGCCAACAAGCCGUCAAUUACAAGUUGUGUUCGCACUGCUUGUCCCAAUUUGUGAACAAGUUUGUAACAAGCUGUUAACAAGUCGUUACAAGCUUGUUGAUAUUGUCAAACUUGUUGCAAGGUUGUUCCAACAAGUCCGAU